AGUGACACCUGACGUCACAUCGCUCCGCCCAGUCUGGCCGCUACCUGCAGUCAUGUGACCGCUAACCUGGAGAUGUUGACAGGCGUCCCGUUACCAUGGAGACAAGACUCGGCAUGGAGGAAAAGAAGUUCACCGGGGCGCCCUUCGGCUGUCAGAGUGCCAGGUUUGAUGUGUCAGCAAUCCACCCAAUAUAUAAGAAGCCUGGCACCUACACUCAGGUAUCACACUGCAGGAGAGCAACAUCUGAGCAAGGAAGAAGACUGGGACCCGGGACCUAUGACCCUGCUCCAGGAGAUUUCAGUGCCUCGGUCCUGGAGAGAAAAGCGUCAGCUCCCGGAUGGAAAAGAGCAGCGGAAACAGAAAAGCUGACUGAGAUGCCACAUUUUCUCUACAGGGAGACAUGGGAGAGGAACAACUGGCUGAAGCAGAACAUGGGUCCUGGCCGCUACAACAUCAAGUCCUUUACUGAUCUAAUGGAAGACAAGCCAUCCAGCGUGCGAGGAACGUGCACCACUAGAGAAGUCCGCUUUAAAGAGAAUAUCAAGGAUUCUUUCCCUGGACCUGGAAGUUACGGGAAAGGAGGGAACCCAUACUCACUGAUAGAAGAAAGGGCCACUAAGUCUGCCAGCUCCAAGGGCAUGAUGGAUACUGAAGCCGGGAAAUGUAAUUCAGCUGUCAUCAAGGGCUCCGGGCUGGGACCAGGGACGUACAACUUGAAAAAUUCCACCAAUGAAGCUUUGAGACAUGCUGUUGGAAAACGAGGUCCUUAUGACGUGUUUACCGGAUCGAGAUCUCAGCCCAUUCAGUAUGGAUACUUUGCUACCCCUAAACGUACUCCAUCUGAACCAGGACAAUAUAAAGUAAAGUCAUUUAUUGAAGAAUUCGAGGGCGAGCAUCAGAAGAAACAUGGACAUUUUGGGAAGAUUGCUCAGUAUCCGAAAGUCCCGACUGAGAGAAUAUUAUGCAGCUCCCUCACUCACUGGCCCCGGCCAGUUGAUUCUCCAGGGCCCGGAUCGUAUGAAACAAAACCACUCUUUAAAACAGUAAGACAAUCAUCAGCCCCAUUCCUGACCUCUGCAAAAAGAUUUGAAAAAAAAUCAUGCCGAUUACUUUUUGGAAGUUCUAACCCAGUUGGAGUUGGUCGAUAUGAUGUCAACAAACCACUGAGAGGCAAAACAGCAACAACUUACCGAACCGCCUUUCUCUCUAAAACAGGACGAUAUUUGUCCAAUCUACAAAGGGACAAAAUUUUGCAAGAGCGUAUUCAAAAAUCUCACACCUCGUCCGCUGUUGGGAAACCAUUGGCAUCUACUGAUCCUACAGAUCCACCUUCUACGGCAUAAAGGAACAGAGAUCACUAGUUGUGGCGUUUAAAAAACAAUCAGAUAAGAUCAGAAAAUGUGCA